UGGUGGAGGAACGGUGAGGGAGAGUAGAAGUGACAGAGUGCGUUGGGAUGACUUGGAAUCUGCCUUUAAAGGACGAAUAAGGACUGGAGUCAUUGCAAACUUGCGACACAAGGACUUGGGCCGUUUCCUGGAAGAUUCCAGAAAAUUGUUUACUGCGAGAGUGAAGCACGCACUUCGAAAGGAUGGAAAUUUGAAGGUGAACGUCGUAUUGUCUUGUAAAUUCGAGACAAUGAAAGCUGGUCAGAUUGUCGAAGAACUAAAGUUCUUCAACACUAAGAACGAAGUUGUUCUACCGUCCACCGAUAUCAGCGACUGGUUCAACACAAAUGUGAAGGAAAAGUUACUAGCCAAGGUUGAAGACUUUCAAGAAAGGGAAUCUGGUUGGUCAUUGGUAGAAAUUAUAAACUUGGCGGUAAACAUCAACAGAUACAUUCCGAUACACGGUGGCCUAUCUACUUUCAUCGAAUUACCGAAGGAGGUGCAAAGUAAGAAAGCAGUCGUAAACAUUAGAAACAACGAUCCGUACUGUUUCCUCUGGUCCGUCACCGCAGCUCUUCAUCCAGUUAAAAAUAAUGUAAGCGUUAUCGGUUCGUACCCCCACUUCAGCUCAGUGCUAAGGUAUGAAGGUUUAAAUUUUCCCAUUGGCUUAAAGGACAUUUCGAAA